UGCUCUCAUUUUGCCUAGGAAGGGAUUCAAGAACAGGGAAAUACAUACUUACUGGGAACUUGCUAUAUACCCAGCAUGCUGUUAAUUGUGAUAAAAUAAAGAAGGAAACUUGGACCUUGUCUUUAAGCAAUUCAGUUGACUGCAGGCCUCAAGCACUGAGCUAAGUGCUUUAUCAACAGGAUCUAAUUCAUUUCCCUGAAACUCCAGAGGUGAUAGCUGAUUGUGUCUACCCUCUGGAUCACUCAUCCUAGGUUUCCACACUCUGCACACCAUCCUUGGGGUCCAUUGUCUUCCUCUGCACAACCUGCUACACUACAUUGAUAGUGGAGUGUUGCUUCUCACUGAAACAGCUGUCACCAGGCUCAUGAAAGACCUGGACAAUACAGAGAAGAAUGAAAAACUAAAAUUCAGCAUCAUUGUACGGCUCCCUCCGCUUAUUGGUGAGAAAAUCUGUCAACUUUGGGAUCAUCCUAUGAGUUCCAACAUCAUUUCGAGGCGCCAUGUGACACGACUGCUUCAGAACUAUAAGAAACAGCCUCGGAAUUCUAUGAUUGACAAGUCAUCAUUCAGUGUAGAAUUUCUGCCUCUGAACUACUUCAUUGAAAUUCUGACUGAUCUAGAGUCCUCCAAUCAAGCUCUGUAUGAUUUUGAAGGACAUGACAAUGUGGAUGCACAAUUUGUAGAAGCAGCAGCUCUGAAACACACCACUGUGCUUUUGGGCUUGUAAAAGGGAAAAUGCAAUUGUAUCUGCUUCCAAUAUGUUAAUCUUACUCAUUAACCUUUCUCUUGUUGAGAAUCCUUUAGCAAUAUUUUAAACUGGUAACAAAUUAGAUUAUAUUGCUGAGCCAUCUGAGUUUUAGUUUGGUACUUGAUCAAGAUGCUAUAUGUCUAUACCAAUUUUGAGCAGCUGAGAAGCAUUCUAGUGUAGAAAAAUGACAACCAGUUCCAGAAGACAAAACAAUAGCAUCAACAGUGCUCUUCCUAGUGGCUUAAUAGGCCCAACGUUAUUUUCUAUUGCAUUCCAAAAGAACAUAUACUCUAAAAUUUAGGGAACAGUGCUGCGAACAGCAAAAACUAGAUGGAUAGCAGGUAGAAAAAAAUGUUAAAUAAGAACUUUACUUGGAAAGAGGCUCUUUAAAAAAGUGAAUUUAGACUAAAUCAUAUCUGCUAUCUCCAGUACAGAAUAAUUUGUAACAAGUAGUAAUUUAUACAUAUAAUGUUUAGAGUGGAGUUUGUUUUUGUGAUUUUUCAAAUGAAACUGUAUUUAAUUUUUUAUAUUUAUAAAAGUUGUAGUAAUAUUGUCAUUAAAAAA